UUUUUAUUUCCAAUGGGGAAUAAAAAUUCGUUAGUAACAGAAAAUUGUCCCCAAAAUUAUUCUUCUCCCAAUUUUACAACAAAAAUUGGACAACAAAAUGGAUUAUCACCAAAACAACAACAACAGAAUGGCUGGAGAAAGAAGAAAAUUACAACAACAAAUAAUGACGAAUUUAAUUAUUUAAACGGAAAUAAUAAUAAUAAUUAUAGUCAUUCACCAACAAUAGCACAUUCCUCAGGAGCAUCCACAUCAUCCUCUGGCUGUCCAAAUAAUAACAAUAAUAUUAGUAGUAAUGGAUUUACACGUGUAAUGGUCAACGGGAAUGCUAGUGCUCCCUGCACGCCUAGAGGGGAAGUGUCCAGAAAAGGAGGAGGGGGAGGGGGAGGAUUUUUGGCAAAUUUGUUCCAUGGAGCUGGAGGGACUUUAGGGAGGAGAACAGAUAAAAAGUCAUCAAACAACAACAAUUCCCCUCUUUCACCCAAAACACAACAAAAGAACAACGUUUCAAAAAAAUGGACUCCUUCCUCCCCAAUCUCCCCAAUUAUGCCCCCACCUUCAAAUCUCGAACAAUUCCAAUUACUUCCUGAUCGACCAGCAAUACGUUUAGAUUCUCGUUUAGUUUGUAAAUAUGAAGUACUUUCUGUUGUUGGAAAGGGAUCUUUCUCUCAAGUAUUGCGUGUUCAGGAUAGAAUCACUAAACGUUAUUAUGCCGUCAAACUUGUAAACACUGAUCAAGACUUUGGUGCUGUAAACAACGAAUUGACUAUAUUAGGUCGAGUAAAACACCCCUUUGUUAUUCGAUUGGAAGAAGUUUUUCGAAGUCCCACAAAGCUUUUUAUUGUAAUGGAAAUGGCUUCCGGAGGGGAAAUGUUUGACAGAGUUGUGGCAAAAGGGCGUUAUACGGAAUGUGAAGCCCGUUUAGCAAUUAAAAUGUUGUUAACUGGCCUAGAUUAUUUACACAGAAAUUUAAUUACCCAUAGAGACUUAAAACCUGAAAAUUUGCUUUAUAGGCAAGUUUUGAAUUUUGAAAAAGAUUUUUUAAAUAUUUAUUUUAGCGAUACUAGACCAGAUGCCCGUCUUUUAAUUACUGAUUUUGGACUUGCUAAACAAACAAAAAGUCAAGAUGAAAGAAUGACAGAAACUUGUGGUACUCCAGAAUAUAUUGCCCCAGAAAUUUUAUUAAGAAUUCCGUACAUGAAUAAAGUUGAUUGUUGGGCUGUUGGGGUUAUCGCAUAUAUUUUAAUGAGUGGAAUAAUGCCCUUUGAUGAUGACUGCCGUUCCCGUUUAUAUACCCACAUUAUAACAGCCAAUUAUAUUUAUUACCCUCAAUUUUGGAGUGGAUCAGAACAAGCAAAACAUUUUGUUGAUUCUUUACUAGAAACAAGUCCAGAUUUUCGUCCUUCAGCACAAGAAGCUUUACAUCAUCACUGGGUUACCGGGGAAAGAUUAAUUCCAAUUAACAACACAUCACUGGGAAGAAAACAAAUAAACCAAAUUGAUAUUCGAAAGGAUUGGAUAGACGAAAAAGAAAGGGAUAUAUUAGAUGGAGGGGACAUUACAGAUUACGAGACUAAUGAAAAUGGAGGAGGAGGAGGAGGGGCUAUGCAAAGGGUAAUACAAUCUUUCCGGAAAGAAAUCCGGAAUUUAGUACAAAUUAAAUUAAAAAUUUCCCAAUUUUUUAAGACAAAAUCAAGUCGAUCAGUUCGAAGCGUUACCAGAAGCGACCACGGCCACAGAGUUGACCCAAGAGAAGUUGAACAAUUGGCAGAAGACCUUCAAAGGCUCGCAAAACAACAAAAACAACCUCCACCACCUCACCAUCAAAAACACAAUUCUUCUUCCUCAUCCUCUCACCACCAACAAAACAGACAAAAACAUUCAACCAGUCAAAAUCGUAGUGGUGUUGGUCGACUUCAUCCUCAAACCAAUGGAAAUAGCCAAAAAACUAAAAACUACGGGAUUAUUUGA